CCGAAGAGAAAUUCGUGCGACGCAGACAUAGUCGAUCGAAGUGUGCCGCUAUAUCGCGCAUAAUCGUUCCGCAACCCCAGGAUAGUCCUUCUUACGUAAAGGGUAGUAGACGGAACAGUUGAAAGACGAUGGCUGAUAAAAAAGUGAACGAAUUUUAUACACGGCCACCAGUUUUGACCAAAUGGGAGGGAUUCAAACAAUUCCUGUGGAAUCCGGAAACGAAACAAUUCCUCGGUAGAACAGGGGCUAGUUGGGGAAAAAUAUUGUUAUUUUAUUUAAUAUUCUAUGCCGUUUUAGUAGGAUUUUUUGCUGCUUUGUUAGCAGUAUUUUAUCAAACUUUAGAUACCAAGAAACCUAAAUGGGAAUUAGACAAUGGUUUAAUUGGUAAUAAUCCAGGUUUAGGUUUUAGACCUAUGCCGCCAGAAUCGAAUGUAGAGAGUACAUUAAUUUGGUAUAAAAGCUCCGAUAAGGGGAAUGUGCACUAUUGGCAGGAAGAAUUACGAAAAUUUUUAAGGCCUUACCAUAAAGAGAAUAAUCCACAUUAUAAUAACGUAGAACAGUGCAGUAUGUUUGUCAGCCCUACGCCCGGUAAAGUUUGCGAUGUAAAAAUGACACCCCAGAAAUGGCAUCCUUGCUUAGACGAAGCCGGUUUCGGUUUUGAAGACGAAAAAGGUGGACCAUGCAUUUUUCUUAAACUCAAUAAAAUUUACAACUGGUAUCCAGAAUAUUAUAAUUCGACGAACCUGCCCGAUUCCAGUGUGAUGAGCGAAUAUUUAAGAAAAGAUAUCUUGGAUGCCGAAACCAGAAAUGAGCACCAAAUGGUAUGGGUGACGUGCGAAGGAGAAAAUCCUGCCGAUAAGGAAAACAUCGGUCCGUUACGAUAUAUACCUCAACGAGGUUUUUCAUCACAAUAUUUUCCUUUCAAGAACCAGGACGGUUAUCUUUCACCGUUGGUGGCCGUCCAUUUUGAAACACCAAAACGUGGUGUAUUGAUUAAUAUCGAAUGCAAGGCAUGGGCCAAAAAUAUCAUCCACGAUCGCAUCGACAGACGAGGGUCGGUUCAUUUCGAACUCAUGAUAGAUUAAAAACAGUAAUAUCAUCAAGUAGGCCAAAUAAGGGCUCUGACAACUGCCAUCAAGUAAAAUCGCAAAGGGGCUCGCAUUUUUAGUAUUCAAAAUUUCCAUAAAUAACAGAUUGGUGACGGUCUAGAUAGUUUAGUUGUAUUAGUUCACGAUUUUCAAAUCUGCCAUCACCGUUAGAACUCGUAAUGAUCGAUUCGGAAAUAUUUAGUCGUUUUCAAACAAAAAUUUUGUGUUAUUUAACUUUAUAACUUCUUUUUAUUUCGACUAUGUGUUUGCGGAUCGUCGAAAUUGUAAGUUUAGGUUGCUUUUGGCCGCCUAUCACCGACUUCCAUAGGUGUACCCAGGGUAAUCGUCAAUGGAGGUGAAUUAUUUGCAAUUUUCCAUUAAACAAUAACAGCUUUGGUUUUUUUUUUCAUCAAACGAUACAAAAAUGACACUGAUUUCCAAGAGAUUUUUAUUAUUAUCAUGGUUAGAAUGAAACUUCGUUUAAUUCGAAAUAUUUUCGUUGUGAAAAGUGGUUUCGAAGAUGAAAUCAAUCUUGAAGCAUCAUGGAGAACCAAUAGAUUCCUGAAUGACACACACGGUAUACCAAAAGUUGCUUCUACCAGAUUAAGAAUUAUCUCCACUCCAAAGAUUAAUUGACAACCAUCAACGUCUCAAAAUUUUAACUAAAAUAUAACCUAAAACAUUUGAAACUUCCUAACACAUAUUGAACUAAAAAUUGAAAUUUCAUUCUUCUCAAUUUAUAUGCCCAGUUGAGUUGAAUUAAGACUCAAAUACCCACAUUUGUGUAAGUUAAACAGUUCAAACUAAACGAAAUAAUAAAUUUUCAAAUUGGGUUAUGAAAUACUCAACUUUUUUAAUGGAAACAAAUAAGUAGGACGAUUUCACCACUUUUAGUUUAUUUUGUACAAUUUUACAAAAAAAUAAAGAUUCGAAAACAGGUGAAAAGUGGUUCCGAAGAUGAUAUCAAUCUUGAAGCAUCAUGGAGAACCAAUAGAUUCAUGGAUGACACACACGGUGUACCAAAAGUUGCUUCUAUCAGUUUCUCCUUUGAUUAAGAAUUAUCUCCACUCCAAAGAUUAAUUGACAACCAUCAACGUCUCAAAAUUUUAACUAAAACUUUUGAAACUUCCUAACACAAACUGAACUGUAUAUUUAAACGCAAUUGAGUUGAAUUGACACUGAAGUACCCAAAUUUGUGUAGUAUACAAAUUUGAAAUUAAAAAAUAUGGUAAAUUAAAUACUUACUUUACCAUAUCUAUCUUCCGAAGAAUCGAUCAGUUUAGAUGGUACUCCAAUGGAAUGCUUUAAGCCUGAUAUACAAGAAGCUAGUGGUGUUUACGUUAAUUUUAUACUGGUACCACGAAACUCUUCGAUUUCUAUUGGAUGAAAUAUUGGAAGAUUCAUUUUUGAUAUCCACAAAACUAUGCAACAACAAUAAGAAUCGCUAAAACAGAAGAAUAUUAAGUUUUUAGAAAGAACUAAAUAAAAGCUCCAACCAAACAAACAUACAAAUAUGAAGAACGAUAGUUAACAUAGUUAAGGUUAUAGAUAAAAAUAAAAAAAUUACAUCAAUAAAUGUAAUAAUCAGGAAUUUUCAGAAAAAAAAUCACAAAUAUAUUAUAUAAGAUCCUGUAGACAAUUAAAAAAGUGAAUUUUGGAACUCGACCGCCCAAUAUUUCAUCAAUAUUUUCAUUAUCGAUGUUAUUACAAUAUUUGGUAUAGUGCAAAUUUAUUUUUUUUAAUGGUCAAAAUUUCUUUCCAUUCCCAAAAUAAAAAUCUUGAAAAAAUUAGCGUCGGAACACAAUUUAAUCUGACUUAUCACAAUAAAUUAUAAAAAACAUAAUUGUUAUUGAUUGUAUGGGGUAUUCAAAUAUAUAUUAUAAUAUUAUUUAAAAGCUAAAGACAUAGUAGAAGAUCCGAAUAGCAAAUGUCUGUCACUCAACUGAUUAAUAAAUGAAAAUAAUAAUUUUAUAUAAAGUUUCAUUAUUCUAGGAAAUUGGAUGACAUAUUUCUUCCCGGGCUAUAAUUAAUUAUAAAUUGCACUCAUUCGUUUCAUAAAUGAAUAAUGUACCAAAAGUAUGAAACCGUAUACAUAAUUAUCCCUGUAUACUUCAAGAAACCACAGUAACAAGGAAUUUUUUACUACUGACAGUUUUCUAUCCAAAUUUUAAGAUCAAAUAGUUGCAUAAAACUUUCAUUUAUGUAUUAAGACCUGUUCAUAUUUUUUUGCCAUCCUCUCGGUAUUCCAGCCAUUGUUUUGAAGAAUUAUUGUCACAAAAUUGGAAAAAGCUUGUUAUAAAAAUAUCUGCCAUCAUUGCAAGUAAUCAACAAGAUAAUAACUAUACAGAAAUGGAAGACAUUACAUUCGAAAAGGCUUUAUGACAAUUGUUUGUUUUUGAAAACUGUUAUUCAUCACCAAGACAAACAAAACAGCUAUUCUAUUAGUGAUAGUGUAUUAUUAACGCUAUCCAGACAUCGAUUGCAAUAUAUUUAAUAGUACAUUACGCCCUAAGAGAAAAGUGGGGUAUUUUGCCCUUAAUUGUUGGCAACCCAGCUAAAAGCAACAUCUUUCCCCAAUCCUCCAGUAUUCAAUGUAUCCAGAUUUUUUAGUAACAUGUCCCCAAUUUUCCACUAUUCAAUGCUGCUCAGAUUUUUGUGGCAACCUUUCGGCAUUUCUCCAUUAUACAAUGCUACCAAAUUUUUGUGGCAACCUGUCCUGUCCCCACAUACCAGGGGCCAGAUGUGAACUUUUCAUUCAAAUUUUUUUUUGUGUAUUAAUGAAUUUUAUAACUAUAAAGAAUUUUAUAAGUGAUGUAGUGCAACAAGAAAUUUUGUUGAUAUUUUGCAGUCACCAAAUUGGAAAAACUUUUUGUGAUAUACAUUCAAAUUUGAUAUAAAAUCAUUUUCAUGAAUCAACUGGUUGGUUUAAAUACGUUUCUUAUUGGGAUCCUUCGGGUCUUUGUGUUGUGAUAGAGACGAAUGUGUUAUAUUAUUUCUGUACAUAAAAUUUCGUUGUGAUUUUAUAGCAUACAUAUUAUUUUAUAGUAAAAGUAAGCAGUAUUCGUUUGUGCAUUGAAAAUUAUUAAAAAUUUAAGCGUAGAUGUCCGCAUGUACUAAAUAUUUUCUAUUUACCAUAAAGUAAAAUAAAAAGCUUAUUAGUAAAUGUCAAGUAACUAAUGGAGACUUAUUAAAUUGUAACCUAUUAUUCAUCUGAGACAAUAUAUAAUAAAAUGAAAGUUCUUCAACUAUAUUUUCAGUUUGAAUAAUGAAAAAGACGAAAUUUUAAUAUCAAAAAAUAUACCUCUCAGAUACAGCAGAUAAUGUUCUUUUAAUAAUAUUUAUAUUUAUACCAACGAAGGGGUUAUUGACAGCAAUAGGAAUUUAUAAUAACCAACGUACAAUACAAUGCGAUGUAUUAAUCUACUAUCAAAUAAACGUUUGUAUAUCAUUUCGAACAACUAAUUCAUAAUAAAAAUUCAUGAUCAUCAAUCAUGGCGGAUAUUGACAUAAUAGCUUUGUUCGCGAGUUUAAUUCCAUUCAAGCACUGAUGGAUAGCGCACUUUCAGAACUAAUUCGUUCAGUUUUAAUUUUAUAGGAACAGUUCUAUGUUCGCGGGGGACAUCAAUCGGUUCGGCAUCGACUCUGAUUAUAAACGGCGAACAAAGUUAUCGAUUAUUUUUAUCAGUAUUUGUUUAAAUAAAUAUUUAUAGACUACGUUAUCUUAAACUGUAACGUUAUAUAUUGUGUAAGUAAAAGAAAAUUUCGUCUAAGCUAUAAUAUCGUCAUUUUAAUGCAAUGUAAAAAGUUAAUAUAAACGAAAGUGCAAAAGGUGUGCUAUUGCCUUUGAAAAGAAUACAAACACUUACGGACACCUACGAAUAUGUGUUAAGCACUGUUAAAAUGCUAUAGUUCUAUUAUAAGGAACAAAAAAAAAAGAAGAAUAUGCAAAAAUUAAUAAUAUUGUUAUAAAUUACCAGAAGAUAAGUGUUAAUUGUACUUCAUAGAGUCUAGAUUAUCUUAAUAUUACUAAAUAGAUAAUAACCAGUUUUAAGAUUUUCAAAUGACAAAUUCUACCCGUUCGCAAGAUAUAGUAGACUGAUUAUUUUUCAGAAUGCAUUUUGCAUAUCAAAGGAAAAGCCGAAUCGGCACAAUAUUAUCGACGUACCAAUGAUAAUAUUUCAUUGAUAUUGAUAAAAAAAAAUACCAAACGCACAAUAAUGUGGAAAGGAAAUUAUGUGUGACAAAAAUUGCACCCCCUUUCAUCGUCGUUACAUUUUAUGAUGAUUCUAAUUCGUAUCCUUGCUUCGAGUCUUAUCGGGAAAACCGUCCACGCGCAGAUCCUGCAUUGCGUUUUGCGUCUUUUUUCUUGCUGUUAAAAAAAUAGAACCAAUAAUAUAACAGCAAUUGAUUUGGUACAAAUAGAUCAUGCGAAUGGAACAAGAAAAGCAUACAUCGAUAUAAUAUCAUCUAAAAAAUUGAAUUAAAUGAGAAUUCUAGAAGGUAAACAACAUAAAUAUGAAGAAAAAAAAUUGCCCUACUCUCCCCUAUGUCAUGCGAAUGGAACAAAAAAUAGAAAUAGAAUUGAAGAGAAUUAUUGAAGGGACACCGUAUAUAUGGAGGAAUUAUGAUGUUAAACCUGAAGGAAAGUGACUAAAAAAUUGCACUACUUUUCCCUAGUGAUCGCAAAAUCGGUCCAAACGGCAUAAUAUUACCCACAAAAAAUAUAAUUUAAGAGAAUUAAUUCCAUGACUGAUUUGUUUAAAAAGCUGCUCUACUUUCCCCAACUGGACACAGAUCCGGCACGGCUUCUUACGUCUUUCUUUUCCACAAAUAGAACCAAUAAAGCAACGGCCACUGAUUUGUUACAAAUAUGUCAUGCGAAUGGGGAUAAAAAAUGGAAUUGAAAGAGAAUUCUUGAAGGAAAACUAUAUACAUGUGGAGGAAACUUGAUGUCAGUCCUCAAAAAAUUGGCUGAUUUGCUAAAAAAUUGCCCUACUUUCCCCUACUGGUUUGUGAAUGGUGGUAAAUUGGUUAAACUGCAAAGAAAUAUUAUCAUGGCGUCAUCUUAGGUCCUAACCCAAUCGAAAGUUAUAUAAUAUAAUGUUUAUUUAUGAGAUAUAUUGUAAUUUUAAAUUUUAAUAAAAAUCCUAAAAACAGUUAUAACCUAGGAAUAAACCUGAUAUCUCAAUAAAACGGCAAAAUUCGCCCACGAAAGUAAUAAUUUUGAUAUGUUGUGCUACAUACACAUUGUUAUUCUGCAUUGUAUAUUACUUAAUAAAAAUAUUAUGUAUCAGAUAGAUAUUCUAAAGUCAUGAUAAAUAAUUAGGCAAAUGAAUCUCAUAAUCAACAAACUGAAAAUAUACUCAUUAAUAUACGUUUAUUAUUGUAUUUGAUUCGUUUCAUUAAUUCAAGCUUGUAAGAUAAUGAAUGGGAGACACUUUGCUCAAAUAGUCACCCAAAUCAAACAAUGAUUAUGACUUUGGAAUAUUCACUGGUAGCAAAAUAUUAAAUUUGUGGUCUAAUGUUGAACAUAAUUUGCCUAAGCACGUUGUGGUCAAUAUAAGUCUAAAAAAAUUCUUUGUGCUUAAAUGUAAUUUUUUAAAGAAUAUAAAUAGCGGUUCUAACACUAUAA